AAGAGGACUUAUCGGGCUUGUUUGCAUUGUCGGCAGAGGAAGAGCAGGUGUGAUUUAUACAGCAGCGGAGAACCCGGUCGUCCGCCUUGCGAGCGCUGUAUCCGCGAACAGCACGAAUGCAUCCUCGGCGGCUCGCGCAGGGGCGGGAAGCGUGUGAAGCGCUCCGCCUCCGAGGUGAAUGCCAACAAUGGCACGCCUAUAUCGACCAGCGAUCGUCCUAACACCGCGACGCCGAAUCAGAAUUAUCCGCCGUUACAUCAGCCUUCGAAUACUGAUCGUCAGGCGUUUCUCGGUUCUUCUGGUCCUGCGUCUGGGACUGGGUCUGCCUCGAAGAUGACCGUCGAAGAUCCAGUUGCGUCUACGGAUUUGCAAAACCCGGCGGACGCAUUGGAGUUCUUGGCGAGUGUGGCGGAGAGAGACAGUAACGGGCAAGCGAAUGGCAAAGGCAAUGCAGGUGGUGGCAGAGGAAGGCUACCCUCAAUGCAGAUCGGUAUUGAUGGCGCUUACGGUCGUUCUCUGCUCAAUCCCUGGCCGCCUUUGCAGAAGGGUGAAUUGAGUCUGGAUAUGAUCAAGGUGUUGCUUUAUCGGUAUGUCAUAUUCGAAGAAAAGUACCACCCCUUCUUCCCACUCGCUAACCCCGCCGCGAUGGAUCCCGAUAAUCUUCCCACCAUUGCGAGGAAGGAACCACAUUUACUCGCGGCGAUUUUGACGGUCGCGUCCAAGGACGAAAAGGAUUGGUGGCAGGUGCAUGAGGUUUGCUCGGCGCAUAUGCAGAGUUUGGUGGCGAGUUUGGUUUAUGAGGGGAGGGGGAGUGUGGAGGCUGUUGAGGCCAUGCUCAUCCUCGCUGAAUGGGUACCUCGUCGUCCUCACUCGACUCCUGCUAUCGGUCGCGGCGAAGAAGAUCAAGCUGCGUGGAUGUACGUCGGUACUGCUGUCCGCCUAGGCUACCUCCUUGGUAUUGAUCGCACGGGCUUCCGUGGCGAGUCGGAAGCUCAGUCCGCUGACCUCAAUCGGAAACGUCUGGCGUGGGCAAGUUGCUACAUGUCCGAUCGGCAGAUCUCUGUCCGUAUUGGAAAGGCAUUCUGGUCGAGGGGUCCGGGACCGAUGACUGCUCUCCGCGCUCAGGACUUUCCAAGCCUGCAACCGAGAUUGCAUCGUCAGGACAAUUUCGCGGCUAUCUUUCAGGCGAACCUGGAGUUGACGCAGCUCUUCUCCAAUGCGCACGAUGUGCUGUAUGCGACUAAGAGUCGGUCGAAUCAGCUGAAUGCGGGAGGAGAGUAUGUCAAGUAUAUCGAUGACUUCCGUGUGGCGCUACGCCAUUGGAAUGAAAGUUGGGGAUGGUUCACGUGCUCGCCGCCGCUGAAGGCGAGCUUGAUUCUGAGCUAUGAGUAUUUGCGGUUGUACAUCAACGCAUUUGCUUAUCGGGCCACCCUCAACCGCCUCAUCACCCGCAUGAAAGAAUCCGCCGAAUCAGGGACCGCCACCCCCGCCUCCGUCACCUAUCCCUUCGCCGACAUCGCCACCACCCCCGACGCCCGGUUCAUCUACGACGCCAUCGACGCCGCCAAAUCCCUCCUCUCCACUUUCUGCUCCUUCGUCGACCCCCACGACACCUUCCGCUUCAUGCCCCUGAGAUACUACCUCUACGUCAUCUACUCCGCCGUCUUCCUCUACAAAGCCCGCUCCACGGGCGUCAUGGCCGCCGACUCGAGAGGUAGUGUGAAGCGAUUGAUCACCGAUACGAUGAAUAAUUUGCAGAAAAGCUCGGCGAGCACGAAUGAUGUCGGAGAGAGGUAUUCGCGACUUAUUCGCUUGUUGUGGAGGAAAGCUCCC